AUGCACGUUCUUAUUGCAGGAGCCGGGCUUGGUGGGCUCACACUGGCCCAGAACCUCCGGAAACGGGGCAUUUCCUAUGAGAUAUUCGAGCGCGAUGAGCAUAAAGAUGCGCGAUUCCAGGGAUGGGCCAUUGCUUUGCACACUAUUAGCAUCACAGACGAACUUGUGGCAUCUAUGCCAUCUGAUAUGCCCGAUUUGAGACAGGCCACAGACCACAUGUCUCCUCUCAAAAUCCCUACCCAGAUCUGUCUAUACCCCGCUGAAAGCAACGUUCGAGUGGGGUGGGAGGAUUGUCCAGAAACGCCCUUUAUCCGCGCAGAGCGCUACCGGCUGAGGAAUCACUUGGCUACCAAUAUUCCAAUUCAGUGGGGAAAGCGUGUCCAGCGCAUUGAACAUGAUGAUAAAGGCGUCGCUGUUUAUUUUGAAGACGGAACCAGUGCCAAAGGAGACAUUCUUGUCGGUGCUGAUGGUGUGAAAAGUGUUGUUCGACAGCAGCUUCUGCAAAAGUCUCACGAUGAGGUUCUGAAAAUUAUCCCACUGGCCGCCAUCGUGGGCGAGCUGAAGCUCUCUGGAGAGGCCUUCAAGCGCCAACUCCAGCUCAGCCAUGGAAGCUAUUCGCUGAUUGACUCCGAGAAGGGUUAUCUGACUUUCUGCUCGCUGCAUGACGUCGCGCCUGACGGAAAGUCGGCGCGGUACUACUGGAUCAUGUCUCGAUCAGACCCCACCAUUGCCGAUCCAGACCACUGGCUGCACAAAGCCACCCAACAAGAGAAGUUGGACCACGCCCGCGAGGUCAUGAGCAAUCGAGAACCCAAGUUUCGCGAGAUAUUUGACCUAACCCCUGUUGAGGGUGUCAAGAAGGAGACUCAUAUCUGGCGCGACCUCGAGCUUUCUAGUCUGCCAGCUGGCCGGGUCGUUUUAAUGGGCGAUGCGGCACACGUCAUGACGCCCUUCCGUGGCGAGGGAGGCUAUAACACAUUCAUCGAUGCCAUGGCCCUUUCCAAGAUCCUAGACCGACUUGACAAAGAAGACAAGACUCAUGACAUCGAAUCGAUCAAGGCUUCUGUUAACGAGUACAAUGCUGAGAUGUUGGAGCGCGGGGUGAAAUCCGUGCAGCUCUCUCGAGAGUGGGUUGACGGGUCGAAGGUUAAUUCCAAGAAGCCGUUGCUUGCACCUAUGAAAGUCAUCCCAUUUUCGGAAGUCCCUCUGGAGGUCGCGGCUUGA